UUUCACUCGUUGUAGGACGAAUAUUACAAGGUUCAGUCAAGCUUCGAGUCAAGAAAAGACAGACAAUCCGACUCCUUAUAAUCUCAUAAUCUUGAAAGUAUUUCGAGUUCAGUUAAAUUGUGGUAUUUUUGCUUCAUAUUUCCUUCGUGGUCAGUCUACCAGAGAGAUGAUUUUCGGAAAAUAUCUUCUUGCAAAGGAAGUUCCCACCCGUGUCAGCGACGUCAUUGUCUGAACCUUGUGCCAUUGCUUCUGUUCUCUCCUUGAGAGUUUUCCCGCGCUGUAAAACAACACAUUGGAACUGUCAGCUUGAAGUUGUGUCUAGCUUUAAUAUCGAUUCACACCGGUACCGGUAGUCGUUACUUUAUUACCAGGUGAUGCCGUCCUCAGAUUAUGACCCGGCUUGUCUGCCGGAUUUACUGCCGCUGUACUACCGGCGGCUGUUCCCCUUCUCCCAGUACUAUCGCUGGCUAAACUAUGGAGGAGUGCAGAAGAACUACUUCCAGAAUCGAGAGUUCUCCUUCACGCUCAAAGAUGACAUCUACGUCCGCUACCAGUCGUUCAGCACACAGAUCGAGCUGGAGAAGGAAAUGCAGAAGAUGAACCCUUACAAGAUCGACAUUGGAGCGAUAUACAGUCACAGGCCGAACCAACACAACACAGUGAAGUCAGGAACCUUCCAGGCGCUGGAGAAGGAGCUGGUGUUUGAUAUUGAUAUGACAGAUUAUGAUGAUGUCAGAAGCUGCUGCAGUGCUGCAGACAUUUGCUCCAAGUGCUGGACCCUGAUGACCAUCGCUAUUCGUAUCCUGGAUAGAGCUCUGCGAGAGGACUUUGGCUUCCAGCACCUGCUGUGGGUUUAUUCUGGCAGAAGAGGAGUGCAUUGCUGGGUGUGUGAUGAAGCUGCCAGGAAGCUCUCUGUAGCUGCUCGCUCUGCUGUUGCAGAAUACCUGAGCCUGGUGAAGGGUGGUGAGGAGACAGUGAAGAAAGUAGUGCUUACUGAUCCAAUUCAUCCUUUUAUCAGAGAGUCUCUGACAGUGGUGGAGAAUUACUUUUCCCAGUACGCUCUACAGGGACAGGAGAUACUCAGUCGCAAGGAGUCUGUAGACAAAGUGCUGGCACUUGUGCCUGAAGAUGUUAGAAAAGAAUUGCAGCAGCGCUUCCAAAAUGAGAAGAAACCUGAGAGCCGAUGGAAACACGUCUUGGAUGAAGCGAGCAGGAAGCAGUCUACUGCAAAGAAGGGCCAACACUUUGAGAAAGAAAUCAUGCUGCAGUAUUGUUACCCACGGCUCGAUGUGAAUGUCAGUAAAGGAGUGAACCAUUUGCUGAAGAGCCCCUUCAGUGUCCACCCCAAAACAGGACGCAUUUCUGUUCCCAUUGACCUCACAGAAUUAGACACGUUUGAUCCUUUUGCUGUGCCCACAAUCAGUCUGAUCUGCGAGGAGCUGGACCGGCCCAGAACAGGAGAAGAGGAGUUAGAGGACACGAAGGAGAAGGAAAACGAGAUGGAUGCAGCAGAGAGACGGAAGAUCAGAGAUUUCAAAAGAACUAGUCUGGCAAAGUACGUGAAAUGCUUUGAUCGGUUUCUGGAUGGAAUGGCUCGCUCAUGGAAAGGAGAACUUCUCAGAAAGAGUGAUCUUCAGAAAGAAUUCUGAACUGGAUCCACGAUCAGAAAGUCAGACACAGACACACUGAAGUGGCACUGUUAAUACCUCUCUGUCUAUAACUGUCCUGUUUUGGGGGCUUCAUGUUGUGGUUGAAUAUUACUAUUUUUCUGAUGACCAAUUAUUAAAUCCAAAUCUGUUUUAUUAUACUUUUAGA